AUGCCGGCGAAGGGGAAGAGGACUGGCGGCGGCGGCGCGGCCGCGGGCGCGACGGUGGCGCGCGUGUUCGUCGUCGUCUGCCUCAUGAUGGCGCCGUUGCUCCUGGUGCUGGUGCUCGGUGGGUGGGCCGGCGCGUCCACGGUUUGGCAGAGCGCGACCUGGCUGACCUCUAUGACUUCAGGAUUCACGAACGCAUCCCACCACAGCGCCACCGACGCGGCCAACGGCGCCGACGAGCUCUUCGGCGGCUUGCUCGCGGCCGGCGGCUUCGACCGCGGCGCGUGCCUGAGCCGGCACGAGUCCCCGCGCUACUACAAGCACUCGCCAUUCGCGCCGUCCCCCUACCUCCUGCAGAAGCUCCGCGACUACGAGGCGCGGCACCGGAGGUGCGGCCCCGGCACGCCGCUCUACGCCAAGUCCGUCGAGCAGCUCCGGUCCGGCCACAGCUCGGAGGUCAUGGAGUGCAACUACGUCGUCUUCAUCCCCUACAAUGGCCUCGGCAACCGCAUGCUGACGCUGCUCUCAUCCUUUCUCUACGCGCUGCUCACCGAACGCGUCCUCCUCGUCGACUUCCCCGGCGACUUCACCGACCUCUUCUGCGAGCCGUUCCCGGGAGACGCGACGACGACGUGGCUGCUCCCGUCGGACUUCCCCGUCGUCGACCUGCUGAGGCUCGGGGUGCACUCCAACCAGUCGUACGGGAACCUCCUCGGCGCCAAGAAGAUCACCGGCGACCCAGCGAAGGACACGCCGGUGUCCGUGCCGCCGUACGUGUACCUCCACCUGGCGCACAACCUCCAACGCGCCGACGAGCGCUUCUACUGCAACGACGACCAGCUCGUGCUCCGCAAGGUGAACUGGCUGCUGGUGCAGAGCGACCUCUACUUCGUCCCGUCGCUGUACGCCAUUCCGGAGUUCCAGGACGAGCUCCGGUGGCUGUUCCCGGCGAAGGAGAGCGUGACCCAUCUUCUUGGCCGCUAUCUUCUCCACCCUUCCAACACCGUGUGGGGCAUGGUCACGCGGUACUACCACUCCUACCUGGCUCCGGCGGCGGAGAGGAUCGGCGUGCAGAUCAGGAUGUUCUCCUGGGCGUCCAUCCCGGUCGACGACAUGUACAAGCAGCUCCUCGCGUGCUCCCGGCAGGAGCACAUCCUGCCGGACAUCGACGGCGACACGCCGGCGCCAGCAACAACCGGCGGCGCCAGGACGAACGCGACCGGCCGACGAGCCGGCACGACGGCCAUCCUGGUCGCGUCGCUGCAGGCGGACUACUACGAGAGGCUGAAGACCACGUACUACGAGCACGGCGGCAGCGGCGGCGGCGGCGGCUGGGUCGGCGUGUUCCAGCCGAGCCACGAGGAGCGGCAGGACACCGGGAAGCGCGGGCACAACCAGAAGGCGCUCGCCGAGAUCUACCUGCUCAGCUUCUCCGACGUGCUGCUCACCACCGGCGUGUCCACGUUCGGGUACAUGAGCAGCGCGCUCGCCGGGCUACGGCCGGCGAUCCUGCUCUCGGCGGCCAACCACAAGGUCCCCGAGACGCCGUGCGCGCGCAUCGUCUCCAUGGAGCCCUGCUUCCACAAGCCGCCCACCGUGCAAUGCCAGGGCAAGGCGGCUGUCAACGAGAACGUGACACGGCACAUCAAGCCAUGUGAGGAUUUUCCCCAAGGCACUAAGCUGUUCGAUUAA